AUGAAGAUAACUAAAGAUCCUGAACAUAAAACAAGAAUUCGAUCCCAAUCUCGAAAAUCCAUUUAGGAGAAAUGCAAGUUUUAAUUCUAAAAUUCUAAGAAAAAGUAUGCACAUAAGAAUUAAGACGUGGAAGGCAAAGAAAAGUUUUAAACCGAAGUGGAUGAAUAAGAUAGUUCAGAUAGUUAAAUGGAUGAUGCUUAAUUAUUAGAAUAUCGAAAGAAAAAAAAAUAAGAAUUUGUAUUUGAAGUUUCUGAUUUCAGUAGCUCAGAAAGUUUUGAUUCUGAUUUAGAAAAUGAUUAACAUUCUGAAUAAAAUGCGAAUUCGAAUCAAGAACAACAUUAAAAUGCUUGCCAAAAUCUCAAAAAUUUGGCUUUUUCUCAUAAUAUCAGUUUAUAAUCGUAAAACACUCUAUAAUUAGUGAAUAGCAACAAAUCUUAAAAACAUUCAGUCAUAACAAAAAAAUAAAAAGUGUUAAAAGCAUUCAGACCAGCACUGAUAAAAAAAGAUUUUCAAUUGUUACGAAGUUUAAAAUAAAACUAAGAUUUUCUCAAUAAUGAAUUAGCUACUUUGGAGGAAUAUAAGAUCGAUAGGGAGAUUGUGGUUGAUAUGGAUUGCUAGGAUAUUCAUACUUUUAUGAGAUUACAGAAUGAAGUCGAAGAAAUGAGAAGAAAAUAAAUGGAUUUCAAUAAAUAGAAGGAAAGACAUUAUGAAAUAGUGAAGAACAGAUCCCAACCAAACAAAGGGGCUACUAAAUAAGAUGAAAAUAAACUAUGGAUUAUGAUGAUGGCUAGGAAGUUCAUCAAAAGCAUGAAGGAUAAAAAAAACAAUAAAUAAUCAAGCAAUUAGCCACCUCAACCAAUCGUAAGAAAAAGCACAAGAGGUUCUUAAAUUAAAUAAGUCUCAUGA